GGUAAUGUAGUUCAUGACUGUCAUUGGUUGAAACAACGAGGCGCGGGACUUCCGACGUCUUCCUCAUGUCAACAGCUGGUCACAAAGUUAACUUGCAGCUCUUGGCCACUGACCCUGCUGUUAAAGUCGGUAUGUAGGAAACGAGUAUGAAACUCCGCGGUCGUGAUGGAAGGACGGUGUGCUGCUGAGUCUUGGGCUGAGUUCGGCCUUUUAGGGAAAUCUGGAACACCGCUGGUGGAGUGUGGAACUGGGACUGAUGUUUUCAUCUGCACUGGUGGUGAGGAGGUUUAUGUCUUCACUGCGCAGGAGAAAACACUCAGGGCCGUUCUUCAGAUGCCUGCUGUUGUGAGGGAUCUGGUUGUCAGCCAGGAUGAGCAGCUCCUGUUUGUGGCAUGCUGGAGUGGAGUUUACUGUGUCAACGUCCAGCUGCUGGUACCCAGUUCCUCCCAUGAUGCAGGUUCUGGUCCCAAUGAGUUGAAGAUCUCUACCGAGUGUCUCAUUGCCAUCGCCGACAGAGUGUCGUCCCUCCUGGUUGUUGGUUCUGUGCUCCUGUCCCUUUGCCGGACCGACGUGUCCUGGUCACUGACUCUGCAUCAAACCCAGCGGGCGUCCCAGUUCGACCCCUGUGACCUGCUUGCCUCCUUCUCUCUGCCGCUGGUCUCGCCUUCCGUUCAAGGCGACACGGAAUCCAGAUGUGUGCUGGUGUGUGUGUAUCCCGGCGACGUGUCGCCAGCCUCCUCAGCUCCUCGUCUGCCUCGUUCCCACUUCCGCCUCCAGCCUCUCCUCUUCAGACUCCUCUUUGGGGCAGAAGCGGCGCUCUCCAAAUCGCCAGUUGUGCUCUGCGGCCUGCCAGACGGACGGCUGUCCUUCCUCCCUCUGCGCAUCCCGGGAUCCAGGCUCCGGACCCUCCACAGCCUCGAGCAGCCGGUCAUGUUUGUUGGAGCAUCUGCUGUCAUGGAAACCGAUGCAGGUUGUGCGGGGUGCUUGAUAGCUCUGGGCAAACAAGGCAGAGCCGUUCUGAUCAGGGCUGGCAGGGUUGGGUCAGAGGGAGGCGGCGGCGCCAGGUUUACCCUGGGGUGCGUCCCAGGUCCCGUGGACUGCGCCUGUAUGGGUCAGAGCUGCGUUUACUACAGCACCGGCUCAGACCUGCUAACGGUGGAUCUGUGGAACAAUUCUUCUGGGACAGCAGGAAGACGGGGUGACGAGGGGGACGAGGUGUCCCGGUCCAACCCCGCUGCCGUCCUCACACCCGUCAGUUUAAACGUGAGCGGAGUCGCGGCUUUGCACCAGCCGACAUGCAGCUCUGCAGGUGAAGUUCAGCUGCUCAGCCUAUCGGUCAGAGGGCGGCUGCAGUCCAUCCGUCUCCCUGUUAGGACACAGGAGGACAGUUUGUCCAAGCGUCCGUCCUCCCUGGUUGGACGCAGCGUUGGGGACAUGCUGUCUGCCAUCGGGGACGUUUGUGAAAGAGCUUCAGUGCUGAAAACCAUCAUCAGAUCUAAGAAUCAGAUCCUGAAGCAGCUGAAUCAGGUGAUGAACAUCAGCUUCCUGCUGGCGAACCGUUCAGAGUCAGAGUCUGACGUGAAGCCAGUCAGGUGUCAUGGUUUGGCACGGUGGAGCAGACUGCUACAGAGAGACUCCCUGAACCUGACAUGCAUCCUGGAGAACUUGAGUCCUUUCGUCCUGGAGCGGGGCUGGACGUUGAGUAUCGCUGUCCUUCCUCUGUCCUGUCCUCUAGAAGUAGGAAGAGAAGCCUCGUCUGUGAACUACACCUUCCCGUUUGGUGGUCUGAGCCCGGGGGAGUCGGUGGAGGUGUCCCUGCCGGUCUCAGCGGAGGGCGACGCCUCCUUCCCCUUCACCGUGACCUGCUCUCUCCUGUUCUCCCUCUGGAGGUUUCUGGGACAGGAGGAGGCGACGGGCCCUCUGGACUCGCAGAGGGCAUGUUUCAGUUUGCCGUUAAACACCCUGACAGUGGACUGGCUGCACGCCCUGCGGCUCGACGACCUGCCGGCUCCGGCCCGAUCCAGCAGCAACCAGGCUGAUCUCCUCCAGGGUUUUAUAAGCUCACGGCAGCUCCGGUGCAGAGGAGGAGGCCAGGCGUCCAGACCGGAGGAGUAUUCUGCUAGAGUCCGUGUGUCAUCAGAGUUACUGAGGGACGCGCUGGGGUUGACCCCUGAGAGCCCCUGCGUCUUUUUGCUUGAGUGGCUGUUGUCUGAAGGCUGUGGUGGAGUGAAGACGGAGCGCAAAGGAAUCAAGACUGAUGGUAGCAGAUCAGUGAUCUGUGGCAGAGCACCAAAUAACGCCGCAGUCAAACUGACUGCUGAAGAGGUAAACGUGGAGGAGAAGACGGAACCCCAGGGCACCAUGGAGGUUCAGGUGAAGAGCUCGUCAGUUGCAGCCGUGUGCGGCCUGCACCACGCCGUGCUGCGUCGCAUUCAGACUCUGCUGCAGAAGGCCGGUUCCUCCAGAACAGUUCCCAUUGCAGAUUUGCGGCUAGCGCUACAGCAAGCUGAGGUGGAGCGAGGUCAGGUCUGGGAGGCCAGCAGUGUGGGCGUGUCCUCUGGGCAGAUGCAGACGCUCCUCCUGCGUGUUUACCAGCAGCUCAGAGACGGCCCUCUGCUCAUGCUCUGACACCCACUCAGCCGACCUUCGACCCCGCGCUGCCUUCUCCGACCUGAGGAUGAGGAUGGUGACGAAACUGUCUAAUUAUCUUCUCAUGUUGCAGUUCCUCUCAGACAGCAGAGGAUUCGGGGCCUGGUUGUAAAGUUCGGAUCACAAAGUAUUCCUACCCUUUGAACUGCUUUGACUUUUAGAACCAUAUAUUUUAUUGGAUUUUAGGUGUCAUAUCGACACAAAGUGAAGCAUAAAUCUGGAAGAAAAAUGAGAAGCUGAUUUCUGUUUUUAUUAUUAUUAUUAUUAUUAUUAAGAAAAGACUGAAAAGUGUAGUGUGCCUUUGUAUUUUUCUUCCAGUUUUUACACCUAGAGAUGGAAACUUUUCUCCUUUUUCUUGCUAAAAAGUCAGAUUUCCAAGUCUUGGCAAACUGAUUUAAGUCUGGUCUUUGACUAGGCCAUUCCAACACCUGAAUAUGCUUUGAUCGUUCCAUCUCUGGGUGAAUGUCUGGUCGGCAUAUUGGAAGGUGAACCUCCACCAGUCUCAUCUCCUCUGCAGCCUUCAGCAGGUUUUCCUUAUCCACUGAUUUUAUUUAGGGGUGUCAGAGUAAAGGAAGCUGAAUCUGAAUCCCACAGAGGAUUUGGUAAAAAUAAAGCAUAAAAAUCCAAAGCUUAUUUUUUCUUCAUCUUUACAGUUAUGUCAUACUUUCUGUUGGGGUUUCAUAUAAACUGUUUAAGAUAAAUAAAAUAAAAAAAACUGGAAAAAGCUUUGAAUGGUUUUGUAAAGCAUUCUCGAUGAAAUACAUUUUUAUGAACUCCACUUUCAGGGUUUUCAGCACGACUCAUUUACAGUCUUCUAGUUUAAAUUGUUUUUGCUACAUUUUAAAAGUCGGUUGAGUUUUGUGGGACUUUGUGAUCAAACUCUCUUCCUUAGUUGUAUGUUGUGAAGAGAGACAAAGGAAUAAAUCCUGUCUAAUUUACAAAGUUUUGCGAGCAUUUGUAAUGGAAAUGUGGCCAGUGAUGCAUU